UCUGCUUUGUGCUCUAGCGGGGUUGUCCUCUGACUCUGUACUCCCUCCCUCUGCUCUGACAGCGCUCUGAAGAACUGCUGGAGACCAAACCCGUGAGGACAGGACUCUUUUGACAAGACACACGCCAGCGCACAAACAUCCAGAAUGAAAGUGAGACCCCCGAAGUAGCCCACAUCCAGCCAGACGCACGCCUAAUGGAAUCUGGGCCUGGAAGGAGCAAAGACAACUGGAGUCAUCAGCUGAGCUUUUUGGAGGGUGUUCCUAUUCCCUUAUAUGGAAACAGAGCUGAGAAAUCAUUUGAAUUAGUCUGGUUUUUGUUGCAUGCCUGUCUGGUUUUAGUGCUGACUGAGUUCCAUCUGGUGUGUUUCUGUCUCUGCUGAAUGCAUGCGUGAGCGUGUGGGCUCCCUCUGUGCAGUUUGAUUUGUUUAUUUUGCCAUUCUUGGUUCUUCUUUUCCUGUUGUUUGCAUGUGGGCUUUUUGUUUUGGGGCAGGAGGAGGGCUUGUGUUUGUGGUUAAGCUAGAGACAGCGUCAUUGCCUCAGGGGUGGCUGCUUCAUUCAGACUUACAGCACCCUCUCACUAUUUUCCCUCUACCUCCCGUGCCCUGCUGUGAUGGUCUGUGUUUGUAAGAGCAACACACCCACCUGGGUGCAGCAACCAGCGGACAAAAGCUGAAACCAAGACCCUCUACACAAGGAAGUAAUCAGAAAGGUGGACUGGAGCUUCUUCGGACUAAGCUGACAUUCAGCGGGAUGUUUCUUCUUUUUUCUUCUAACACAACAAGAUGUGUUACGCUGAAGGAACCGACAGGGACCAAGGAAGCUAACAUUGUUUGGGUGGUCAGUCGGACACUUUGAUUAUGAAGAAAGUGAUCAUGGGGGAGUUCACUCAAUGGCACUGACUCACUGAAUGACAGAUCGCUAGGCAAGCCUGACACAGUGAAUGUGCAUUCAAUUAGUGUCAUGUGAAGUUCAUCACCUCAUGUGGAUUAUUUUUACGAACAUAUCUCCUAACGUUGGUUGCCAUGGCUACGGCUGCAUGGUAUCAUCGUGACAUCAGCCGUGUGCACGCAGAGGACUUGCUGGCGCGGGCAGGGAGGGAUGGCAGCUACCUAGUGAGAGAUAGUGAGUCUGUGCCAGGAGCCUAUGCAUUGUGCCUGCUGUUCCAACGUCAUGUUCACACCUAUCGUAUUCUUCCUGAUGCUGAUGGUCUUCUAGCAGUCCAGACAACACAGGGGGUGCAGGUGAACUGUUUCCGGACUCUGGAGGACCUGGUGUUGGGGUACCAGCAUCCCCACAAGGGUUUGGUCACUCCUCUGCUCUUCGCUGUUCCUCGGGAUACUGACACAGGGGAUGAGAGCUCAGACGAUGAGAAGCCACCUCCAAUCUCUGUCAGCACUGUGCCUAUCACAGGACCACCAGCAAAACCAGCCCACCAUGUACCAUUCCUGGAUAAGUUACAGGAGCUGAACAUGUCCAGUACUGCGGGUGAGGUGAUUGGUUUACUCAAUGACUACCUCUUCAGCGAGCUGCCUCUCGACAUUGAGAAUGUGCAGAAAGGAGCAACAACCCUACGCCACCUCAAGCGUACUCUGGGUACUGCCUGCCAAGGCCUCAACAGUGAGAUUGAUCUGACUCUCUCAAGUUUGGAGACCCUGGUCAAGGUCUUUGACCAUCCCAGCUGCUCUUUGACACACACCAAGGCACAGGGACCAGAGAUGGAGAUAGACAUGCUCGUGUGUAAAAUCUCAGCUUUGGUCGGCCUUCUUUCUUCACUGGAGAAAAAAGUAUUGAAGGCAUUACAAGAUGCAGUGACGCAUCAUAACCUAGCUGUGCAGCCUAACCCACCACCUCCUGAAACAACAUCCACCAAUGUUGCACCUGUCAAGAACCAGGCCAGGCAGCUGCCAGUCCACUCCUUUCAGGUGAAGAUGGCCAGGUAUGGCAGACAGACUGUUUCUGUGGACGUGGACACAGGAGUGCUGGAGUGCUUUGACAGAAAAGCUGGAUCAUUUGACAUAGAAAGGGUCUCACAUGACAGAAUCAUUCAGAUUGUCAAGUUCCAGAGCAGUCCUGCAAAGGUGCGCAUAGUGGUAGACAGCCACCACAACACACCACGGGAGAUGACGUUUGAGAGCACUCGGAAACGAGAUGCCUUCUGCCAACUCCUUCAGCUGAUGAAAAGCAGACACUCUCAGCUGAGUGAACCUGACAUGGUCUCUGUGUUUGUUGGCACCUGGAAUAUGGGGAGUUCCCCUCCACCACAGCUGCAGUCGUGGGUGACCUGCUGCGGUUUAGGGCACACCCCCGAUGAGUCGACUGCCUUGCUCCCAGAUGACAUCUACGCCUUGGGGACUCAGGAAAACCCUCAGGGGGAGAGAGAAUGGACAGAACAUGUCAAAGCAACCCUUCGCAGCUAUACUCACAUCGACUUUAAACAAGUGGCAGUACAGUCCCUCUGGAAUAUGAGGCUGGCUGUGUUUGUGAAGCCAGAGCAAGAGAGCCGAAUAAGCCAUGUGAACACAGCCAGUGUGAAGACCGGCUUGGGAAACACUUUGGGAAACAAGGGGGCUGUUGGGAUUUCCUUCCUCUUUGGAGGAACAUCUUUUGGUUUUGUUAAUUGCCACCUGACCUCUGGAAGUGAGAAAGUGCUGAGGAGGAACCAGAACUUUGUGGACAUCCUCAGGUUGCUCUCUUUAGGGGACAAACAGCUCGGCGCCUUCGACAUCAGCCUGCGCUUCACACAUCUCUUCUGGUGUGGAGACCUCAACUACAGACUGGACUUGGAUGUACAGGACAUCCUGAAACAUGUCUCUAAGAGAGAGUUUGAGGAGCUCAUGUGUGCAGAUCAGCUGACCAGAGAAAGACACAAGAGGAAGGCCUUUCUCAACUUCAAGGAAGAGAAGAUCGCAUUUCCACCCACCUAUCGGUAUGAACGUGGCUCCAGGGACUGUUACCUUUGGCAAAAGUACAAGACUUCAGGAGUGAGAGUCAAUGUUCCAUCAUGGUGUGACAGGAUCCUAUGGAAGUCCUACCCGGACACACACAUCCUCUGCACUGCAUACGGUUGCACAGAUGACAUCUUCACCAGUGAUCACUCUCCUGUUUUUGCCACUUUCCAAGUGGGAGUGACAUCACAGUUUAGACCAAAAACAGAUAAAAACUCAAGCAUAGAAAAGGCCUGGAUAGAGCUUGAAGGCAUCGAGGCCAUUGUGAAGACAGCAAGCAAAGCCAAGUUCUUCAUUGAGUGUAUCUCGACCUGCCUUGAAGACACACGACGCUCAAGUGAGAAUGACUCGCAGGGCUGUGAUGUUCCUGGGUUUCUCAAACUGGGCUGGUCCUUCAAACAACUACCGAAGCUUCUUCCCAUCAUGUCCGACAUGGAGUACCUCCAGGAGCAGCACCUUCUGUUGUCUGUCAAAUCAUGUGAUGGAUUUGAGUCAUACGGUGAAUGCUGUGUGGCUUUGCGCUCCCUCACUGGUGCAUCCGAGCAGUUUGAGACUUUUUUGAGUCACCGUGGUGAAGAAAUGGGCUCUAUAAGGGGUCGGGUGAGGAUCCAUGUGCCCAAAGACAGAAGGGGAACCCGGCAGAAGUCCUAUGAUAUGUUCUAUUUUGAGAAAGAUCUUGCAAGAGGACACAUGUCUCCUGCACAUCCUCGUGUCCAAGUUAACAGGCCGUUGGCAGCUCCCUCCAAACUCACUCCAAGCAGCUACACCAAUCCAGCAUACUUCAUCUUUGAGGGUGUGUCUGUGACACGCAGGGUGGAGGAGGCUGUCCCUCCGCGUCGGGACCCUCAGGUGAUCUGGUCUGGAAAUGAGGCCUUGCAGCUCCCAAAAAUCCCAGGACAUCAGGGGUUUGAAAGGAGACCCUGUCGCAGAUCAGACUUUACAGAGAUUGAAAUUCCAGCAGUCCUGCCUCAGUACAGCCCAAAAAAUGCUCUUCACACACCCCAAACAAACUCUUCCUAUCAGCUUUUCCCAGCUAAAAACCCGUCUCCCAUACCUCAACCCUCAAGUAACACCAGCUCACAGUAUCAGGAGAAGACUUCACAACCCAGAGACAAAUACCAAGGUAAACCUAUAAUUCAGGAAUCAAUACUUCCAGAGAAGAACCUGAGAAACUUGUAUAUGAAUCACUCACAAAUCAUCAGGGAAGAGGCCAGAAGGGAUCCACACCAGCUUCUUCCAGAGAGGACCAAUCCUAUCCAAGCAGCUAAGAAGCCAUCAGCCUUCCCCUACAUCCCUACUCGCUUAGCACACUGUCAGGCCACCGUACCCUGGAUAGUGGAUCAGCAGCCACCUGCACCUACAGGAGACAACUCCCUCACCGCUUUGCAAAUCGCCAAGUCCCUCAGCGAAGUCGACUUUUUCCCCUCUGAGCAGAGAGGCCCAUCCAUACCCAACCAGAGAUCGAGUUUUAGAAACGGCCCUUCUAUGCAAGGAGACAAAGCCUCCAUGUGGGAGGCAGAGGUUUCAGUCCUCCAAGGUGCACCGGAGACUGUGCGGGAGCUUCUCAGUGCUCUGGGUCUUCAAAGAUACACCCUGGGACUCAGUCUCAAUGGCUGGGAUGAUCUGGAUUACUUCAGUGGUGUCACUGAAGAGGAUCUACGCGCUGCAGGAGUGACAAACCCCUCUCACAGACGCAGGAUCCUUGAAAGCCUGCCCAGGAACUGGAACUGAUACACCCAGAUGAAAAACAUUAAUGGUACGAUGCCUCAUUGUCCUAUAAAUCCAACUGGAAUAAUAAUUUAAGCCCAGAUCUGAAGGAAGGAAAGACUUGUCGGAUAUCAGUCACAUCAGAUGGACCAAACAAAACAACCCUGCCUUCUUUUCAUGUACUCAAUCAAUUACUGUAAAAGUAGUUUGAGUCUACAAAGCAAAGGGAACACAGCACAUGAAGCACUUCCUCCAUCCACCUUGACAGAUAAUGAAAGAAGCGAGUUGAAUGGAAUGCUUGAUGUGAACCUCCACUUACUGAUAUAAAUAUUGAUCAUUACAUCAAGGUCUCAUUGAUUUUUUUGUUUUUGUUUUAAUUAAUUUGAAAAUGACUCUAAAAAUAUAGUCCUUUAACUUCCAGUGUUCUUACAAGGCCUGUGUUUACAAUUCACCUUCAUCCCUGCUACUCCAUUAUUCUGCUAUCAUUGAGCCUGUGAGCUGAGCUUGUGAAAGCCCUCUGUUAAACCUCUGGAGCAUAAAAUCCAGAGAACUGUACAUAUCUACUGGAGCAUUGUCUGUAAAUGUGGUGCAGAGGGACCUUUCGUAUCUAAUUGUGUCACCUGUCUCAUACUUUCGUUAUCAUGCCACUUAAUCAGCACUUAUGUCAACUGUGCAUGUUUUAUGCAACCUUUGUAAAGUAAAGUGCAUAAAGUGACUCUUGACCGUUA